GCACUGCACAGCGUUCAGCAGUGGUUUCGAAAUGCGACGCAGAGCUAGGGCGCCUUAUCUGCCUAGGCCAAAACCGCCUUCUAGGUACCUAUAGCCCAUCCCUGCUACAGCUUCUAUAGCCCACACAUUGCUACCUAUGUACUUCUCCUUCACUCAUUGGUAUCCCAGUGAAUCGUUAACUUCUAUUUAUACUUAACUAUCCUUUCUAUAUUUAUACCUAGUUUUUUAAAUACAUUAUCAACAUGUGUUUUAUCAUUUCUGUAUGUUUGGCAAUCUUGAAAUGUGACCUUGCACAUAGGUAGCGAGGUUUGAUUUAAAAUAUCGUAGGGGGUGGGAGGGAGUGUAAGUAACCAAGCCGUCAGGAGAGCUUUGCCUGCUGCUCCAUGACAGUAGUCAACGGUGCUUUUAGACACUUGCUUUUUGAGUACACCGGGGUGAUGUCGAGUUGUUGGCUGUAUGGUGUGUAUUGCGCCGGACGCCUUGUUAGAGCCAUGCGCCAAUCAUCAAGGCGUGAUAUCAUCAUAAGCCUGCCUCGCUCCGUUGCGAUGAAUACCACUCUCCUCAGAAGUAUUUCCGACCAAUGUCAUCCCUCUAUCAUCCAGUUAUUUGUGCCAUGGAAUAGACUUUUGUCAAACCCACCGCUAACAUGGCUCUGACUCCCAACGCUCUCUUCGUGUGGUGCCAGGGAUGGUGGACCAUGCUAGACCCAUGGUCUUUGGCUGUCAUUUUUCUAACCCUGUGUUAUUCUGUCUGGAGAUUUUGGUGCUUCACGUUGAAGCCAUGGUUAUAUCCUCGACAACCCGUAGAACUACCUUAUUGGAUACCUUGCCACACUCUGGCAUUCUUUGGUAACUCUGAUAAGCUGCUUGAGCGAGGACUAAACUACACGAAACGAACUCAUGAGAUCUACGCUAUCCAGCUUUUGGUGAAGAAGCUCUAUAUCAUCACCUCGCCAGCGGAUGUUGCAGCUGCAUUCCGCGACACGGUAGCAUUGAGGUUUGAUGGCCACUUGAACGAACUGUUGCUCAACUUCGGAUUCAACGCAGAUGCUAUCCGCCGUGGAUGGCACAACCCUAAACCUGGUGAUUGGUGCUACAUUCCCAACAAUCCCAUCAAUCCCAAGCAGUUGAAUUUCAUUCACCUUACGGAAGACAUCUAUAAAAAACAGCUUCUCCCUGGUGGACGAAUGGACGAGAUCUGUGCAGCGUUUCUCAAUGCGCUUCACAAGUCCAUUCAUCGCGAUAAGCUUGAGAACUGGGGUUCUUCAGUCGGAGGAAAGACAAGAAGAAUUUCUCUAUACUCACUAUGUCGUUUAGCUAUGGUUGAUGCCGCAACUAGAUCCAUGUUUGGUUCUCAUCUCCACGAUAUUGAGCCUGAUAUCGUCGACAAUAUGCUAAAGUUUAACGACUAUGCAUGGAUGGUCUUUUUUCGCUACCCUGACUUUUUUGGAUUACCCGUUACAGAGCCAAGGAGAAAGAUCAUGGAUGCUCUUAAGGUCUUCAUCCAGCUCCCCCCAGAUCAGAGGAAAGAGCAGUCUUGGUCUAUUGAAACCAUUAUUGCAGCACAGGAAAUCGUUGGUAUUGACCUGGAAGCAAGAGCAUCAGUUAUCUUGAUGAUCUUUUGGGCCGCGAACUCUAACGAAUACAACAUCUCGUUCUGGGUGUUAGGGUAUUUGCUCUAUGACGAGAACCUCUUCUCGUUAGUAAAGGCCGAGACCGACGCUGCCUGGGUUUCUGGCACACUGGAUAUCAAAUACUUGUGCGCUAACUGCCCACAUCUUGAAUCAAUCUUCCACGAAGCGUUACGCUUGAACGGCGCCGCCAUGGUCAGCCGUGUUGUCCUUGAGAAGACCACAAUUGGAGGCAAAGAGUUGAAACCCGGUGAUUCGAUCCUAAUUCCAUCGCGGCAAAUCCACACAAAUGAAAACGUAUGGGGCUCGAACAACAGGGAAUUUCGCGCCGACCGAUUCUUGAAGAAUAGGUCUUUGGCCCGGCAUUCUUCGUAUCGGCCAUUUGGCGGGGGCCUCACUUACUGUCCUGGUAGAGUUCUCGCGAAGGAGGAGGUUUACGGGUUCAUUGCCAUUCUGUUCCACCGUUUCAACUUGAAGCUAGCAUUAACUUCCGAGGGCUUGAAACCGCCGUUCCCCUCUUUGAAUGAUUCCAUUCCAGCCCUGGGAAUAACAGGUCCUCUAAAAGACGCGGAUAUCCUUGUUGAUAUCACCCCAACUGAGCAGUAAAGCCAGCUACUUCAGAAGCUGGGUUUACCGAACACAUUAUGGUGGUAUUUUGUCAUAUAGCUCAGGUUAGCACAUAAAUUACAUUACACUAUUACUCGCAAUAACGUGACCCCUUGACUGUGAGAUGUUAGACGAGACAUCUCAGCGAAAAAUACUAUCACCAAACCUCCCCAGGCCGCUAGUUUAGGCAGGCAGUUUUAGUUCCCGCAAGUUCCAUGUGCCGAUCUUCCCAUUCCAAACAACACUGCGUCAAGCCGUGCUCGUAGGCGGCGUAGUGUAGCAGGUGGAUCCUCGAGAAAGCUGGAACCAGUAGCUAGUAGUCUAACCCAUGUCAUCAUCGUGUAGGCAUAGAAUCUAAGACAGAGGCGACUUGACGAAAUCUAUAAAUAUCUUCAGCUGAUAUACUAUAUUUGAAAAGUCCAGCAAAGUUAGCCAAGU